CUGCCGAGAGUCUUCAUCCGAAAAUGAGCCACCUUCUGUUGCAGACUUUGAGCCGAUGAAUUCCCCUUCUCCUGCGCUGUCCUUGAACACUGGCAAUGACCGGGUGGACCAGCGCACGUGCCUGAUCUGCGGCGACCGAGCGACGGGCUUGCACUACGGCAUCAUCUCGUGCGAGGGCUGCAAGGGCUUCUUCAAGCGCAGCAUCUGCAACAAGCGGGUCUACCGAUGCAGCCGCGACAAGAACUGCGUCAUGUCCCGCAAGCAGCGCAACCGGUGCCAGUACUGCCGGCUCCUCAAGUGCCUCCAGAUGGGGAUGAACCGGAAAGCAAUCCGCGAAGAUGGCAUGCCCGGAGGGAGGAACAAGAGCAUCGGACCGGUUCAGAUCUCCGAGGAAGAGAUCGAACGGAUCAUGUCCGGGCAGGAGUUUGAAGGGGAGGCCAACCUCUCCUGGAGCAACAACGGCGACAGCGACAACAGCUCCCCGGGCAACGGGGUGUCCGAGAGCAACCAGCCCUCCCCAGUCUCGACCCCGUCCUCAAGUAGGUCUGUGGAGUUGAAUGGCUUUGCGGCGCUCAGGGAUCCAUACAUGGGAACGCCGGUCUCCGGGCCCUUCCCGUACCUCCCGCACCUUCUGAGCUGCCCGGCUCACUCCGCCCUGCUGCCUCCCCAGCCGCCGCGGAGCCUCGACCCCCAGUCCCACGGCCUCCUCAUCAGCCAGCUGGUGUCUGCGGAGGACCUGGAGCCCCUCGGCACCCCCAUGCUGAUCGAAGACGGGUACAAAGUCACUCAGGCCGAGCUCUUUGCCCUGCUGUGCCGGCUGGCGGACGAACUGCUCUUCCGGCAGAUCGCCUGGAUCAAGAAGCUGCCCUUCUUCUGCGAACUCUCCAUCAAAGACUACACCUGCCUGCUGAGCUCCACCUGGCAGGAGCUGAUCCUCCUCUCCUCCCUCACGGUGUACAGCAAGCAGAUCUUCGGGGACCUGGCCGACGUCACCUCCAAAUACUCCCCCUCGGACGAUGAGCUUCACAGGUUUAGCGAAGAAGGCAUGGAGGUGAUGGAACGUUUGAUCUACCUCUACCGCAAGUUCAGCCAGCUGAAAGUCAGCAACGAGGAGUACACCUGCAUGAAAGCCAUUAACUUCCUCAAUCAAGACAUCCGCGGGCUGACAAAUGCUUCACAGCUGGAGCAGCUGAACAAGCGCUACUGGUACGUUUGCCAAGAUUUCAUGGAAUUCAAGUACCCGCACCAGCCAAACCGUUUCCCAGACCUGAUGAUGUGCCUGCCAGAGAUUCGAUACAUUGCAGGAAAAAUGGUGAACGUCCCCCUGGAGCAGCUGCCCCUCCUGUUUAAGGCCGUGCUGCAUUCCUGCAAGGGAGGCGGUGGGAGCAAGGAGUGACCGCCCGGCCCUUUCCUCCAGCACCUCCAGCGAGGGGGAGAGGAAGAGGAGGAGGAGGAGAUGAUGAUGGUGAUGGAGGAACCCCGUAUUCCUGGCCGAGUGACGGGAACGGCCACAAGCAAGGCAGUGGGUCGCCUUGCCGCUGUAGCAGGAAUCCUUCUUUCUGUCCUUGUCCGUGUGUGUGUUUUUUAAGAGAGAAAAAAAACUC